GCCGGUUGCAGAUUGCCCCGGGUUUCAGUGAAGGAGUUGCGGGCACACGGCGUGAGCAGUGCCGGGGCGCAGGGGGCAGGUACCCCCCGGGACUGGUAACCGGGUCCGCUGCACUGACAGCGGCGCACACAGAGACUGAGAUGCUGUCUUACAAAUACCAGGGGGCACAAGUCAACUGUCUCUUCAAAUACAUCCUGUUCACCCUCAACAUUAUCUUUUGGGUAGCUGGAGCUGGGCUCCUUGCGAUCACUUUCUGGGCGUGGAAUGAAAAGGGUGUGUUGAAUAUUCAGUCCAUCACAGAGCUGAAAGGCUUCGAUCCAGUCUGGGUGGUCCUGGUGGUUGGCUCAGUCACCUUCAUUUUGGGAUUUGCAGGCUGCAUUGGAGCUCUACGUGAGAAUAUCUGUCUCCUAAAAUUUUUUUCAAUAACCAUCGGAACCAUCUUCACUGUGGAACUCGUGGCUGGAAUUCUGGCCUUCGUGUUUCAAGACACUGUGAAGGAACAUGUGCAGAAGUUCAUUCGCGAUAAUAUCAAGGUGUAUCGUGAUGAUAUAGAUCUUCAGAACCUCAUCGAUGCAGUGCAGAAAUAUAUGCAGUGUUGCGGGGCUGCUGGCCCUGAUGACUGGAAUAGCAAUCUUUACUUCAACUGUUCAAAGGAAAACACCAGCCGGGAGCGAUGUGGUGUCCCCUUCUCUUGUUGUUUGCCUGACCCAGCUAAUGUUGUGAACACGCAGUGUGGUUAUGACAUCCGAUCCCAGAAUAAGAAUGCAAUAAAAGACAGUCUGAUCAUUUACACCAAGGGCUGUGUCCAGGCGUUUGAGGACUGGUUACCGAAGAACAUCUACUUUGUAGCUGGAGCAUUCCUGGUUAUUGCCUUACUGCAGAUGUUCUCAAUAUAUCUUGCACGCUCUCUGAUCAGUGAUAUUGAAGCAUUGAAAGCUGGCUGGCGUUACUGAGGAUAUUAAUUACAUGGAACUUCCUGGAACAUGUUACUAUCAAAGUUACAAGUUGAGAAAUAUAUAUUUUUGUAUUUGAAAGAAGCUAACUAUAAUACAAAAAUAAUUAAAAUUCCAGACUUUUCUGUUCUGUGCUCCCCAUACUUUAGCUUGUUUAAGGUGUAAUUUGAUUGGAUGCAGGACUUUGUGACUGAGGUCCUAUCUCAGCUUGUGUCUUAUUCUUUCUGACUAUGAGCAUGAUUGUUGAAGAGCAUGUUGGUGCAAUUAUGUCAUGUUGUCACUGAAUACUUAUAAAUAAUUGAAUUUCUGCCAGACUUCACAGGCUGAGGUGUACGUUCUUAACUAUAAACUGAUCACUAGGAUGAAGUCUCAGAGGGCAACGGCUUUGUUUGAGUAAAAAUUGCAAAUUCCAUUUGCACCCCCGACAAAUACCCUCCUGACAGCCCAUAAUAUGCUCCUCAAAUUCCCACAAUACCUUCCGCACCCCAUUAUGUGCUCCUCACUCCCAGUAGUACUCUCCUCACCCAUAGCAAACCCAAGACAGCACUCCAAGCAAUUUUCAGUAUUUUUUCAAAAUGUUUGAUCUCUGAUUGGCUGUUUCCACUUUACUUGUAGCUUAGCUUUUCCAGCUGUUAAAACCGAGUGAGGAUUGAGCAUCAAGUCCUUCUCCAGUAACACCCUCUGCAUGUAGUAACCUUCUAUGUCUGGAGUGUUCUGGUACCUCUACAUUUAUUACAUUUGGUGUACAAGUGUUUAAAUGUUUGUUGAUAGAGUUAAAUACCUUUUGUGAACAAUGAUGGGAGUUGCAGCAUCUAAGCUUCUGAAGGAGUAGUCACCACCUGUUCUGUGACUCUAACUUGUUGACUCAAUGUUGUAUACAUUUCUGUGGUGACUUGCCUCUCAUUGAGCUCAAUGCUUACGAUAUCUGAACUCCGUACCUCCCUUCCAGCUUCCCACAAGAAUGUUAGUUCCUCCAUUAACUACUCACCAACAUGAGAUCAGCUUUAUCUAUCCACUCAUUCCACCUCCUGAUUCUUUCUCUCUCUCUCUCUGCCCCCCCACCCCCCACCCCUGUCUGCACCAUCUAGCUUGUCAGUCUGUACUGUGUGAAUGGGGGGGGGAAUGUGGGAAAGGCUAGGGCCAGUCGGGGGACUGCCAAAGUGAGAGUGGCCAGACAUGGGAAGGCUGAGGUAAUGGGUGAGUCUGAAUCUGAGAGAAGUGCACAUUGCUGUCACAUUCCUGGAUGUCAGCACAAAUAGCGAACGAAAGCCAGCUCUUGUUAGGGCCGGCCACGGUUUCACAUCAGUGACCUGCAAUCGCCUUGUGAGGGGCCCAGCCCCAGUGAUGGUGGGAAUUCAUAGAAUAGAAUCAUAGAAUCCCUACAGUGUGGAAACAGGCCAUUUGGCCCAACAUGUCCUCUGAAAAGGGUCCCACUCCACCCCACCCCAUUCCCUUACAUAACACUCCAUUUCUUAUGACUAAUGCAACUAAUCUACACACCCCUGAACACUAUGGGCAAUUUAGCAUGGCCAAUUCACCUAACCUGCACGUGGGAUUGUGGGAGGAAGCCAGAGCACCCAGAGGAAACACACAUAGACAUGGAGAGUUUGUCUGUACAAACUCCACACAGACAAUCGCCUGAGGCUGGAAUGAAAACUGGGUGCCUGGUCCUGUGAGGCAGCAGUGCUAACCACUGGGCUAUCAUACCAUCCAAAUUGACGCCAGUCAACCCCAUUCUGCCAAGAGUCAACAGAACUGAAGUGAUACAGGUCUGCUGACGUCUGACCUCCUCCUUCUCUGAACAUACCCUUCCUGCUUUCCAGCUUCUCAACCCACCUCCAGCUCCUCUGAAGUGAUCCAUAUCCCUCCUUUAGAUCCACCUCUGUUUUCCCAACAUUCUAUCCCUCGGUUACCUGUCUCCCAAUUCCGAAUGUCCUCCACCUUCCCUUCCUUCUUCAAACUCCCUCCCAUCUACCAAUUCCCCCCCACCUUCCUUCCCUGUCUCCUAAUUCCUUCAAGAUCUUAAUCCCCCUCCAGACCCACUCCUUAGCCAAAACUCCAUCCCUCCCAAACUUUCCUUGUUCCCCCUAAUGUCCAUGCCCCCCCAUCCACAAACUCCCCCGUAUGUCAACAGCACCACCUCCAGGCGCACUCAGAUCAUUGCUAUUUCUGGCCUCAGUUCCCUGCCAUGGACAGUGUCGGUCGGUUUGAACUAGUCAUGUUGGGGGUUGUGACUCUCUGUCACUUGAGAAAUAUCAAGAACCACUGGAGUAUUUUUUAAUUUAAAAUGCUUUCUUUUUUUUUAUUAAUUUGUAUAAUUUUUGAAAAAUGCUAGUAGCUGUGAAAUUUGUGGAAUUUUUGCUACUUUUUGUAUCUGAUUUUCACAAAACAAUAAAUUUUAUGUUAAGACUCAUA